AUGAUUAGAAUGUUGAAGAUCAAUCUCUUUCCUUUUCCUAUCAAGUCUCUCUCCCCUCGUUCUCUCACAAUCUCUUCUUAUUCUUCUUCAACGAAACAACAACACAAGCUUUGGUCUGGUCUUGAGGAUUGGAGAAAGAGUCCUGUCAAUGACCUCCGUCUCUGGGGACCUACAGGUCCUCUCCUUCCUUCUUCUGAUUCCAUCUCCGCCGGCUUCCACGGUCUGGUCUCGGCGGCGUCUUCUCUCGCCGAUCUCGGAGCUCUCGUCCUCUCAACCUCCGACCCUCUCUCCAAAUCUCACAUCUCCCAUUUAGCUUUCUCCCGUUGGCGCCGUGAGAAUCUCCCUGUUGGCUCUAUCUCUCACCUCCCUUCUUCUCCUGCUCGCCCUCCCAAACCACUCCUCGUUCCGACCAACGAAGUUCCGAAUCCGAAAGACUCAAAGCUUCCUCUCAAUGCUCACAUGCUUCAUAACCUCGCUCAUGUCGAGCUCAACGCAAUUGAUUUGGCUUGGGACACUGUUGCUCGCUUCUCCCCUUUCUUUGACGUUCUGGGUCACGACUUCUUCGAUGACUUUGCUCAUGUUGCUGAUGAUGAGAGUCGCCAUUUCUUGUGGUGUUCCCAGAGACUCGCUGAGCUUGGUUUCAAGUAUGGAGAUAUACCGGCUAAUAAUUUGCUGAUGAGGGAAUGCGAGAAAUCAUCCAACAAUGUCGCUGCUCGCUUGGCUGUUAUCCCUCUUGUACAGGAGGCUAGAGGACUUGAUGCUGGACCUAGGCUGGUCAAAAGGCUGAUGGGAUUCGGAGAUCACAGGACUUCAAAAAUCGUGGCUAAGAUUGCUGAGGAGGAAGUUGCACAUGUAGCUGUUGGUGUAGACUGGUUUCUAUCCGUGUGUCGAAAGAUGAACCGUGCUCCUUGCUCUACUUUUAAAGAUCUGAUCAAAGAGUAUGGUGUUGAGUUAAGAGGCCCUUUUAACCACUCAGCUCGGGAGGUAGCUGGCAUUCCGCGAGAUUGGUAUGAUCCAUCAAAUGGCUCGGAGGUGGAUGAAGGUGGCAACAAACAGGGUGACAAGGAGCAGCUUUCUGCGGUUUACGAUAGGCUCACUCACAUAAUCUCAAUGGAGAGUGAGAAUUCAAGUCUCGAAAAGCCAGCCAAAUGA